ACCAUCAGUGUUUCAUUUCAUAAAAUUUAGGAAAGCCAGUGCUUCGUUCCAGGAAGGAAUUUCAUUCCUGUCUUUCCUCCCUUAGGGCUGGCACCUUCAACUUUUGCACCUAAUCAGAUGAGUUGCCUUCUGUCUGACCCUAGGGUCUUCAGCCACGAAAGCUUAUAAGGCAGUUUUAACUAAAGAUGACUUCCUUGUUUGCUCAAGAAAUUCGCCUUUCUAAAAGACAUGAAGAAAUACUAUCACGAAGAUUAAAGUUACUUCAACAAAUGAAGAGUAAAUUUGGAGAUCAAAACAAGGAAAAGGCCUCUCAGAUUCAAGCAGCUGAGACUGCUUUUAAAAGGAACCUUAGUCUUUUAAAGGAUAUAGAAGCAGCAGAAAAGUCUCUGCAGACCUGCAUUCACCCACUUCCACCGCCUGAGGUGGUUUCUCUUGAGGUGAGAAUCUUAAGGAACAAAGAGACUCUUUACUGGGCAUCAGUAGAAGACUAUCUUCCCAAAUGGGAACAGUUUCUUUUAGGAAGAGCACCACAUCCUAUUGCUGUUGAAACUCAAAAUGAAGCAGAAAAUACCAUUGGAAACAAGGCACAGUGAUAACUUCUUCACGUACUAGUUCAAAAAUGUGUUUAGUAAAGAUGAGUAUUAGAGAAUAUGCAGGUCGCUGUGGGAACUUUAAAAAUUAAAUAUAUUCUUAUUGCUCCAUUACCUCCUCAGUGACAAAGACACGAGAAUCUACUGGCAAGUCUCAGGUUAUCCCUUAUAAACCUACUACUAUCUCAAGGUCAGGAAUAUUUUCUACCAAGCCCAUGCAAGUAUUAUAAACUAAUAUUGAAA